AUGUUUAAACCACCUCUACCAAACUAAAGAUUAUCAUAGAAAGCUUUAGAUUAGCCAUUGAUACUGAUCCGUAGCAUAGGAUCAAGUUAAGGCAAUCGUCCUAAUAGAACCUCAAGUGAUUCUCGUCAUAGACCAGGAUCAAGUUAAAGAUCUAUAAGUUUCUCUAAAACAGAUCUACACUAAAAAUAUGGUGUACCAUUAGUGACAGCUCAAAACUUUAUAGUAAUGAAUGGUUUAGAUGGAUAAAAUUUGACAGUACUGCAAUUAAAUAAUUGAGAGAGCUUUAAUUCAAAAAAAAGAGUAUAAGUAGCUUCACUUACAAAGUUAAUGACAUGUUAUGUGGCAAUUUAAUUAAUAAGAGAUUUAAAAAUCAAUAUUAAACAGAUAAUGUAUGUUAGUUAUGAUGUAAAUAUUUUAACAUUUAAGGCUGUUUAAAUAUCAGGAACUUCAGCAUUUUUACGUCCCUAUGAUAAAAUUACAUUAUAUGAUUUACUUCAUGGAUUAAUGUUGCCAUCUGGAAAUGAUGCUGCAAAUGUAAUCGCUGAAAAUUUAUCAUCAUUUAUUAAAGAUCCUGUUUCUAAUAUUGCUUUAUAAUACAGAAUUUAACCUUUUAUUUAAUUAAUGAAUUAAUAUGCACUUCUACUUGAAAUGAAUGAUACUUAAUUCUAUAAUCCUCAUGGUAAAUUCAUAAAAUAUAUUAUUCAUAGGAUUAUCAAAUGAUUAAUCCUAUUCAUGUGCUGAAGAUUUAGCUAUUCUAUGCAAAUAGAUUAUUAAUGAUCCAAUGUUAAUGGAAAUUGUUAAUAAAAAAGAACAUUAAACAACUCUUUAGAGAAAUGUAAAUUUUAUUAUUAUAUUUCUAUUAGAAUAAACUUAUAAAUUUGACUUGGAAGAAUACUAAUAGAAUGUUAGAAUUUGAAGGAUAUUGUGGAUUUAAAACUGGAUUUACAGAUAAGGCUGGUCCAUGUCUUGCAACUUUAUAUAAAAAAGAUUCAAUUUGUUUGAUAAUUAUUAUAUUGAAUUGUUUAUCUAAAGAAGUUAGGUAUCAAUAUAUUUUAUUAUAUAAAAAGAUGGGAUGAUACAAUAAAGUUAUCAAAUUGGGGUUAAAGAAAACUUAAUGUAAUUUGA